AUGGCGAGUCAAAAGAAGCCCGUUUCAUCCGCUGCAGAUAACAAUGCACCUGAUAUAGAAAUAAAGUCACCUGAAGAAGAGGCGCUUACUCCCUUCCUCUGUGAGCGAACAAAACCAUUAGAAAAAUCCCUAUUUUUUUCCCCAAAAACCCAUAAAAUUUUUUUUGAUGGAAAAAAAUUUGAUAUAUAAUUAUGAAAUCGAGCUAAUUUUAAACAAAAUUGCGUUUGAGACAUAAAUUUUCCAAAUUAAAUUAAUAUUUGCUUCCAAUUUUUUAAAAAUUCGCCCAUAAGGGCGAUUCUCAAGGGUCAAUUUUUCUGGCCCUUGUAAAUAUGGUUACUGAUUAUGCUUUCCAAUUUUUGCGAAGUGGGAUUUUUUUAAAUUUCGAAAAAAACCUUUUUCUAUAAACUUUAUAUAUUGACCUCACAUAUUUUUUGUUCUCUCACGGAGGGGGGAGUUAGUAAAUACAACUUUGGAAACUGGCGUGUAGAUGUUACAUGCCCUUAUUGUGGUUACGAAGGUAGAACUGUAAUAAAAAAGCGUCCAGGAAGAGUGCCUUGGAUUCUCUGUGUGGUAUUAUUAUUUAUACUUUAGCAAGCUAAGCUCAAAAAUGGCAUACAUACAAAUCUUUAUUCUAUUUCUAUAAAUUAAUAACACAAAUUCAAUGCUUAUCAAUUACAAUAAAUAACAACAGACAUACUAUCCCAUUUCUUUCGUGUUUGCCUGUAUUGAUGCCAUCAAUGAUGGAUAUCCAUCAUCACUGCAUAAAAUGCGAUAGAAGACUUGGAGUCAGAAAAAUCUAUUAA